UGUGUUUCAGAAAACCCCAAAUUCACAAAGCAGAAGAAGGAGGGUUGCAGUGAACACAGAUGGGGAUACAAAAAAUGUUGGUUCAUAAUUUACAAAAUGUAACAAAUUUACAAUAAUUAAAAAGGCUGUCAUCAUUUAUUCACCCUCUAAACUUAUGUGAUGCUUUUUUUCUUGAAGAACACAAAAGGAAAUCUUUAGCAGAAUAUCUGAGCUGUUCUUUACCAUACAAGGAACCAGGGACUGUCAGGCUUCAGAAAGGACCAAAAGCAAUAUAUAGUUAUUUUAUUUUUUACAUUUUUGCAGUCAUAGUAACCAUUCCGUUUCACUGUAUGGGAAAAGAGCCACUUGCAUGUUAAUGAGAGUGUCUAAAUAAUGACAGAAUUUAGAUUUUUGGGUCAGUAACUCUUUAAUGCAUUGAUAUGAUUAUUAAAUGAUGGUACAUUUUGUUUGUAAAAGAAGGAAUGAUGUGAUAUGACAUAACGUGUGUUAAGUUCCAUGUCAAUAAUGUUAAGAUUUAUGCAGUUAACCAUUUCAAAUGUUUGCAUGAUCAGGCUACAGAUUCAACGAGUGCUCCAAAAAGCAAAGACUCUUCAUCAGUGGAGACCUCUCAAAAACAAUCUAAAUCAGACACUGCAGUGGCACAAACCUGGGAAGACAGUCCCUAUAUGUUCAUCAUCAAAAUUGAGGCAAAACAUCCACCUGCCAAAGAAAUAAAAUCAAGAAUUAAAUUGGAGGUCAGGAUGCACGGCACCUAUCAAUACAUCUCAGCAUCUGAAUGGCCAUUGAUGAUUUUCUACAUGGUGAUGUGCAUCAUCUACGUGAUUAUGGGAGUGCUGUGGUUGGCUCUCUCUGCGUGUUACUGGAGAGACCUGCUUCGGAUUCAGUUUUGGAUUGGAGGAGUGAUCUUCCUUGGCAUGUUUGAGAAGGCAGUAUACUAUGCAGAAUUCCAGAGCAUCCGUUAUGAUGGUCACUCAGUUCAAGGUGCAGUGGUGUUUGCAGAGGUGCUUUCAGCUGUAAAAAGAACCCUGGCUCGAGUGCUGGUCAUCAUUGCUAGUCUUGGAUAUGGCAUAGUCAAACCAAGACUAGGAGCAUUGCUGCACAGGGUGGUGGGGGUAGGACUGCUCUACCUUAUCUUCUCCAUCAUAGAAGGAGUACUGAGAGUCAACACGGAGCAAGGUGGUUCAAGCAGACUGCUUUGUGACAUAGUUAUGGCCCUCAUUGAUUCUUGUAUUGUGUGUCACAUCUUCAUUAGCCUGGCCCAAACGAUGAAGCUCCUUCGGCUGAGGAGAAAUGUGAUCAAGCUGUCCCUUUAUCGACACUUCACCAACACUCUCAUAUUCGCUGUCAUUGCUUCUGUUAUAUUUAUUCUGUGGACAACGAAGACUUUCAAGUUACCCAAGUGCCAAUCUGACUGGAGAGAGCUGUGGAUAGAUGAUGCUUUCUGGCGCUUCCUGUUCUCUAGCAUCCUGCUUGUCAUCAUGUUCUUAUGGAGGCCGUCAGCCAACAACCAGAGGUAUGCCUUCAGUCCACUGGUGGAUGAGAUUAGUGAGGAAGAAGAGGAGCAGCUAAUGAAUGAAGCCUUCGAGGGUGUGAAAAUGAGAGGGAUGAAACCAGAGACCAAUGGAAGUGCAAAACCCAGCAAAGUGGAUGAAGAUCUAAAAUGGGUUGAGGAGAACAUUCCCUCAUCAAUGGCUGAUGUCGCACUGCCACCACUGCUAGACUCAGAAGAGGAGAUCAUGACUACAAAAUUUGAGAUGUCCAAAAUGGAGUAGAUCUAUGUAAUGUAUAUAAUGAGUGUAUGACAAUGCACAACUGCUUUAUCGCAAAACAUGAGCUUUUCAUAAGCAACGUCUGUAAAUAUGUGGGAUGAUGAGGGUAAUGCACAAAAGGACUUUUGUUUUAUUUUAAUUGCUUGUUUGGAUUUAUAUUUUCUCAGAUAAUAUGUUGUAAGAGUUUCUUAAGUCUAAACUGUAAAUUGCCUUUGACUGUUGUUUAUAUAUCUACAGUACUAAAUGUGAUUAAAACAUAUUAGUUUGUG